GUAUUUUGACUACUUUGACUUUCCGUAGACUACAAAUCGUUCCCAUAGCGACCAUCUAGGCGGAGGAGACUACUGAAGGGUUUUAUGACGAUACCAGAUCGACAUGUCCUUCAGAGACCUAAGAAAUUUCACGGAAAUGAUGAGGGCUUUAGGCUAUCCUCGCUUGAUAUCUAUGGAAAACUUCAGAACACCAAACUUCACCCUAGUAGCAGAAAUCCUAAUAUGGCUUAUAAAGAGAUAUGAACCUAACAUUGAUAUUCCCACCGAUGUGGAGACAGAGGCUGACAGGAUAUUCUUCAUUAAGGCCGUAGUUCUGUUCAUGGGGAGCAAGGCACACAUCAAGCUAAACACCAAGCACCUCUACCAGGCUGAAGGUUAUGCAGUGAAAGAGAUGCUGAAGAUUACGUCAGUGCUGUACAAUGCUAUGAAAACCAAGCAGAUGGCUACCGAGGAUGUUGUGAAGGAAGAUAAAAACAAUUUCAAAUUUGACCUAAGUUCAAGGAUUUCUGAUCUUAAAGCGGCUCGUCAGCUGGCAUCUGAAAUCACAUCCAAAGGAGCGUCGUUGUAUGAUUUACUGGGAAAGGAGGCAGAGCUCAGGGAAAUGAGAACUGCUGCCAUCGCUCGACCUCUUGAGAUCAAUGAGAUUGAAAAGGCACUGAGAGCUGCCAUAAAGGAAACUCUAGUGAGUGUGGAGAAGACCAAAGAGAUGCGAAGUAAUGUCGUCUCAGAUGAGACCAGCCUGGACUCUAAGUUAAAGAAGAAGAAACAGGACCUGGAGAGGCAUCAGAAGAGGCUGCAGACGUUGCAAAGUGUCAGGCCAGCCUUCAUGGAUGAAUAUGAAAAGAUAGAAGAAGAGCUGCAGAAACAAUAUGAAGUCUUUGUGGAGAAGUUCCGAAACCUCACCUUCCUGGAGUCACAACUGAAUGAGUACCACAGGCUGGAGCAGGAAAGGUUUGAGGAAAAUGAAAACACCCUGAGGAUAAUGCAACACAAAAUAAGGGAGGAGGAGAGAGAUCUGAUGAAGAGCUCAUUAAAAGACUCUGACUCUGAUUUGGACGUUCUAGAGGAUGAAGGGUCAGACAGCGACCUUGAAGAAUCUCGUCCAUCUAAGCCACGACCAACAAGAACCAGCCUCAUGGGAGGGAGAGGAGCACGUUUCAUUGGUAACAUGCUGGCCGGCGACAGCGAUGAGGGGUUUUUAGCAGUCUCCAGAAGGUCAGUCACUCAAUCAAAAAAACUGCAGACAGGAAAGACUGAUGACGGCGAGAUUGAUGUCGAUGAGGAUGAUGAGGAAGAUGAGGAUGAUGAUGAAGAAGAUGAGAGCAGGGAGCUGGAGGACGACAGCUUAGAUGUCCCGUUGCAGAGGAGUAACCGUCUGUCUAGAGGGGGAGUGAAACCACCUCUGCUGGAAGAAAGUGAUGAUGGCUUUUGAGUUAGGAGCAUCAGCUCUGAACUUUUUAAAAUUUGGAGUUAUAGAUGGAGAUAGAUUGUGUUACGUUCUUGAAAUAAUAAUGCCGCACUAGGAAUUUUACCUGCAGCUACAGCUCUUGUUCUUUUAUAUUUAUAUAAACUGCUGACAAAAAUAAAAGUCUGAAAUGUUUGUUAAAAAAAAAGUUGUGUAUUGUACCCCA